CUUUGGUGUGUCAGUUUCGGAUUUUAGACUUGAUGUAAACAACUCAUGAGUCUGCAACUUGAUCUUGCUCGCUAAACGGUCUCACUCAGCAUACGAGACCCUUCAAAUAGUACACCAUGUCUGCCUAUGCAUUGACUGUGUCCCGCUAUCUAUAUCUCUAUGGGAGCCUCUUCUUGAGAUGUUCGUCAUUCCUGCUUUCUGGAGUUUGGGGCUGGUAGCUCUCUGCCUUUUCUCCGUGGAUGCGCUUCCGAGUGGAAUCAAUCAUUCUAACGGCAUUUUGCUUCGACUUGACCGAAGGGCCCAUCCAGUGACAUCCCCCACCACGGACACAUCGAAAAAAAUAUUCGACCAAAACUUCGUAAAACAAGAGAUCAAGGCUGUUCUCUAUAAGUACCGGCAGGCAGCCAAAUGGAUUUCGAGCCUACGCAUCUCGAAUUCUAACCGAUUCAAUGUGAUAUCCGACAGCCUACCUCCUUCUCUAACGAAUUCUAACGGCAGCGUGGCUCCUGUUGGAGCCACGCCUCAACUGGAGACCCAAACCCGACUCCGACUCACAGAUUACAUGUCUGGCACCCUGGAUGUUUUGUACUUCGGCUAUCUAGGAUUCGGAACGCCUCCACAAACAUUAUCAGUCGACAUCGACACCGGCAGUGCAGAUAUGUGGGUUUCAUCGGAUUGUUCAGAUUGCCAGACAAAGCAGUUCGAUUCUAUGCGAAGCACCACUUAUCAAAGCACCACGCACCCGUUCAAUGUAUUUUAUGGAACUGGCUCUGUCACAGGACACAUGGCUCGGGAUCGUGUUGCAGCGGGGAGUCUGGAAGUGUCGCAAGAUUUUGGGGUCGUCAACCAGGAUAACGAUGCUCUUGCGGGAUCGCCUGUGAGCGGCCUCCUUGGAAUGGCGUUUAGCACCAUCGCAGUGUCCGAGAAACCCACAUUUUUUGAGAACCUCUGGGACCAGAAGAAAAUUCAGAGAGGCUACUUUUCUGUCCACUUGGAGAGAAAUAAAGCGCAAGGAUCUGAGCUUUGUCUUGGCUGUAUUGACAUGGGGAAGGCCCUGGGAAGUAUGACUUGGGCAUCACUUGCAUCUAGAUCGUAUUGGUCCGUCAACGUCGAUCGCAUCAAUAUUGAUACCCAAAACAACCGAACCGUUCAUGUUAACCUCGUGGCAGUCGUCGACACUGGAACAACCUUAGUUUAUCUCCCAAACGGUGUAGCAGAGAGUUUGUACAAUCAAAUACCUGGGGCAAGGCGAGCUACACAGUUUGGCGAUGGCUUCUGGACAUACCCUUGUGCAUCUACACUCGCUAUCGGUUUUGUGAUUGAUGGCAACAGCUACAGUAUCAGCCCCUUCGACUUCAAUCUUGGCCGAACGUCUACCACGUCUACAGAGUGUGUUGCCGGAAUCCUCUCGAUCGGCGAUGGAUUUCCACCUGGCCUUGCCAUUCUUGGUGACGAAUUUCUCAAGUCUUGGUAUACUACGUACGAUUAUGAGAAUGGAGGACGUAUAGGUUUUGCACCGAGUAUUAACAACCGACCGCCAUGAAAGGCAGCAUGGAGCAUGAGUGAUACCAGGCACCUCCGACUCUGCUUUCCCACCCCCGGCACACAAUGCACGGAAACAAUGGUUCGGAUAGGCAGACUAAUGACGACUUUGCUCAAUAUCUGAAAUUGCUUGUCGGGAGCUGGUGGGUGGCUCCACCUCAAGCGCAGAAGGCGGUUCACCAGGAUUGGACACCGUUGGCGAUUGGGGCACUUCGCCGUCCCGCGGUACAAAUGGGUUUUUGAUUGCCUCGAGAGGCGUAGCGUCGACUUCAAUCU